AUGUUCCAGUCUUUGGCAACUCUUUGUAGUCGUUUGGGCCAGAAGACCCCAGGCACGGUUCGCCCUCCAUGGCGAGGGCCUACUCUGGGCUCAUCCACAAUGCAUUAUGACCAUGAUAGCUCUGUCGAUGAGUCACUAGGGAAAGUUCUAAGAGUAUCCAAAGCUGUUUUGGCCAUACCCCUACAUGGUGAGAUUGACUUGAGAGGAAAACUUGAGAAGCACAGUCGCAGCCUUCCUCCUACAGUGAUGAUGGAGUCUUCUAAUGGAGAUAACCUCCCUAGUGGUCUGAUGGUUCGGAGAGGUUUAUUAUCCUUACCACAGAUGGAGGAAGCUGGCAUUAUGGCAGGUCCUAAUGACAGCCCAAACUGCCUUCCAUCCAGAACAGACUGGCAGCGUUCAGAAACUACAAUUAUGGAUUUUGAAGGCAAUCGUAUCAAGUCUUUAACUAAUACCACCUUCCUGGAAUGUGAUGCUCUCACUAUACUAGAUCUGGAAACUAUAGAGAUUCCAAAUAUAAAUUCAAGAAUGUUUCAGCCCCUGAGGAACCUUUCCUACAUCUAUUUCAGAAAGUUUCGGUAUUGUUCCUGUGCACUCCACGUGCGAAUGUGCACACCAUUAACAUAUGGGAUUUCAUCAUUUGAGAACCUCUUGGCUAAUAAUGUUCUGCGAGUAUUUGUCUGGGCCAUAGCUUGUGUUACUUGUUUUGGAAAUCUUUUUGUCACCGGAAUGAGAUCAUUUAUCAGAGCUGAAAACAAGACGCACACCAUGUCUAUCAAAAUGUUGUGUUGUUCUGAUUGUCUGAUGGGUGUGUAGUUGUUCAUUGGAGUUUUUGACAUUAAAUACCGUGGACAAAAUAAAAAAUAUGCUGUGCUGUGGAUGGAGAGUUUACCAUGUCAUAUCAUGGGUUUCCUGGCCAUGUUUUCUACAGAGGUCUCUGUCUUAUUGUUGACAUGUCUGACUUUGGAAAAAUAUUUAGUAAUUGUCUUUCCCUUCAGUAAUAUCCGACCAGGAAAGCAUCAGACAAUAAUAAUCCUUGUAUCUAUAUGGUUAUUGAUUUGUAAUAGCAAUAUCUCAUUUUGGGAUGAAGAAAUUGGAGGCAAGGGGUAUUCUCUUGGGAUUUUUCUUGGUAAGUUUAAUAUUUUCAUAUUCUUACUGUUAGUGUUUGCAUAUGUCAGAAUGUUUUACUCCAUUCAAAAAACUGCCCUUCAGACAUCAGAAGUAAGAAGCAACAUUCACGUGGAUGUUGCUGUAGCCAAUCAGGUUUUUGUUUGUUUGUUUAUAGUAUUCACUGACUCCAUCUGCUGGAUUUCUGUCUUUGUUAUAAAAAUCCUCUCCCUAUUCCAGGUAAAUCAAGCCAUCUGCACUGUCACUUCCUGGAUAGUGAUAUUUAUUCUGCCAAUAAACGGUGCCUUGAACCCAGUUCUCUAUGCUCCCACCACCACUUUCUUUAAGGAGAAGUUAAAGCAGUUACUGCAGAAACAUCAAAGGAGGUUGGUUUUCAAAAAUGACAGAAAAAACUUGGCAACUUCAAUAGUAUGGCCAGAUGAUUCGCUAAGUCAUGCCUCCUCUCUUAGACUUGGAUUUUUAAACAAAUAA